CCGGCGCGGGGCCACGCCCACGUUCGAGCGUUUGACCCCGGGCAACGGUGAGCGAGCGAGAGCCGGUGGCCGGGGGCGGGGGCCUUUGUCCCGCGUGUGUGCGUCCGUUCGUAUCUGUCUCCAUUCCUCGUGUCUCCGCUCCCGUGUCCGUCCCCAGCGUCCUUUCCCCAUGUCUCUCUGCUCGUCCCUGUGUCCCUAUGACUGUGUGUACCCGUCGUGUUCGUACCGCUGUUACCCCCGUUAUUCCCUGUCCUCGUGUCUCUACCCCUUGUGCCUCCCGCCCCCCCUGUCUCUGUGUCUCCCCCGUCGCCGUCGCCCCCUGUGCCCCCGGGUGUCGUGCUCCCCGUGUGCCUGCCCCGCUAUUCCUUCCCCCGCCUGACCUGCUCGCUCUUCCCCCGCCUGUCGCUGGCCUCGUCCCUGUGCUCCCCGUACCCCCUUCUGCUCCCCCUACUCCUCCUGCUGUUCCUCCUGCUGUACUUCGUGCUAAGUGUAGUCUGAGGCCCCGGUGCCUCCGUCGUCCCCCUGGCCCCCUGUCGUCGUCGCCGUCGUCGUCGUCGUCGUUGUCGUUCCCCGGACCCCGUUCCCCAGUGCCCCAUGCCUUUGGGCGCCUGUGUGACUUCCUGGGUAGGCAUCGCCCUUUCCAACGGCUCCCGAUGGCACACGCUCCGAACGCUCACGUUGGGCGCCCUGAAGGAGAUGGGGCUAGGGAUCAAGGAUAUCGAGGAGAGGAUCCAGGAAGAGGCGGUCGCCCUCUGCAAGGAACUUGGCCAAAACGAUUCCUCUAGCCCCUUCCAUCUCCUAAGCAAUGCCCUGUCCAAUGUCAUCUGCGCAGUGGUGUUUGGGCAGCGCUACGACUACGAUGAUCCCGAUUUCAAGACUCUGCUGGAUAUGCUGAAUAACAAUUUCAAGCUCAUUGGUUCCCAGUGGGGCCAGCGUCUUCCUUCGUAUUCCUCAUCCCAGAUGUACGACAUGUACCCCUCCGUCAUGGAUUGGGUUCCUGGUCCCCAUCACCAAAUUUUCCACAACUUUGAGUUGCUUCGGGCCUUCAUCUAUGACCAGAUCUGGAAACACCAGAAAACCAGGAAGCAAGGAGAGCCUCGGGACUUCAUUGACUGUUACCUAGACCAGAUAGACAAGGACAAGCAAGACCCCUGGAGUCACUUUCACAUGGACACACUGAUGAUGACGACCCACGAUCUCUUUUUUGGGGGCAAUGAGACAACAAGCCCAACACUCCGCUAUGCACUGCUGAUCUUACUCAAGUAUCCUGAAGUGACAAAAAAAGUCCAAGAAGAGUUAGAUCGUGUAGUGGGUCGGGAAAGGGUUCCUCGCCUGGAAGACAAAAACAACCUGCCCUAUACCAACGCAGUCCUGCACGAGAUCCAGAGAUUGAUCAGCAUCUUACCCAUGGACCUGCCCCGAGCGGUCACGGAGGACACCAUUUUCCGUGGUUACUUCCUGCCCAAGGGAACCCACAUCAUCCCACUCUUGGUCUCUGCAAACCGGGACUCAAUCCAGUUCAAGGACCCACAAAGCUUUGACCCAACCAACUUCUUGGAUGAGAAAGGGGCUUUCCGACCAAACAAGGCCUUCACGCCCUUCGCUAUAGGGAAGCGUGUCUGCCUUGGGGCAGGUUUAGCCCGAAUGAAGAUCUUUCUCUUCCUCACCACCAUCCUCCAACGCUUCACACUCAGCACAGCGGAGAAGCCAGAGAACAUCGACCUGACCCCCCAGUUCACAAGCCUGGGAAAAGUCCCCCCACCCUUCGAGCUCCGCGUGCUGGCCCGCUGAGCUCCCGCCCCAGGGGAUGCCUGCAAUCCUUCCCCACUGUGUCUUGUGUCUAAUAAACUCCACCAAAGGCA